GUUUUAUAUGAACUUCCUUCCUUGUUUUCCACAUGGGUUUGGAAAAGUCGAAGUUUUGGAAGCGUUCAAAGAUGUCAGUGAACCGAUGUGGCUUUCAAUGGGUAGAUUUGGUUUGGAAGGAACUCUGAAUGCGAAGAUAAAAUUGCAAAAUUUCGGAGAUCUCCGGUCUUACGUGAAGUUGAAACUGGUCCCUAAGGCUGUUUAUCCUGGGACAGUUUCGAGUUGGCAAGUUAACCAAACUGAAUUCCUACUACAUCCUGGCGAAACACAGUGGGUUAGCUUGCAGUUCCAUCCUAAAAAAGAAGAUUUCUUACAGUUGCAUCGUGCUGCUGUAUCUCACGUAGGAACUCUUAUUUUAACUCACGGAGACGAGCCAACUCGUUGGCGAAUUCGCAGGUAAGUUGAUAAGAUUCUAAUUUGAAAAAGAGA